UAGAGCUAUAUCAAUCAACAACUCAAGCUAUUGUAUUUAAUUGAAAAGUGGGCGAGGGAGAAAAAAAAAAGAGAAAUUCUGUGCGCGAUGUUAACCUCAACGCAGACCCUGGAUCGGCGAUAGACAUUUAAAUUACUUAUUUAAUUGGCCAAAGGUGGAGACGCCUGAUCCUAUUGAUGCAGGUGAAGACUGGCUUGGGCUCAAUCGGCGAAUAAACUUGCGCAUUGCUUUGCGUUGAACGCUGGACACUUCCUGGUUGGUUUGUCACCCCUCUGUUUUCUGGAGCUCUCAAGGCGGGUGAUCGAGCAGUAACGAUUGAUAGUCCCGCAUAACCCGUAACACCAGCGGUGAUUUCCCUAUAAAUAAACUACUUAAUCGAUCGAAACCUAGUCACUUCACAGCAAGAACAAGCGUGCCUCGUCCUCUAAGUAGGAGAGGCAGAGGGAGGGUGUGCAGCCAACUAGUAUCGGUCUGUAGCGUCUUUACCUUUUAAGACACAAGGUUGCGGGUUUUUUCCCUCCCACGAUUGUUUGACAUUCAGAAAGGACUUUCAAUCGAUUGUUCGGUCAGGUGAGGAAAGAGAGCAUGAGGGUGGGGUUGUGGUGGUAGGAUGAAGAGUCCGGGCCAUCGCAGCAGGGACAUCGAGAGGCAAGCAGGCUACCUGAGGCCCGAGCACUGCUCUCCUCCCCCCCUGCGGUCCCGCUCCAACGCCAUGUGGUUCAUCCGCGACGGCUGCGGCAUGGUGUGUGGCAUCAUCACCUGGAUGCUCGUCUUCUACGCCGAGUUCGUGGUGGUGUUUGUCAUGCUGCUUCCUGCCAAGAGCGUGCUGUACAGCCUGUUCAACGGGGCGCUGUUCAACACCCUGGCGUUCCUCGCCCUCGCCUCUCACGCCCGGGCCAUGUGCACCGACCCGGGGGCCGUUCCUAAGGGCAACGCCACCAAGGAGUUUAUUGAGAGUCUUCAGCUGAAGCCGGGUCAGGUGGUUUACAAGUGUCCAAAGUGCUGCAGCAUCAAACCUGACCGAGCCCAUCACUGCAGUGUAUGUAAACGCUGCAUUAAGAAGAUGGACCACCACUGCCCCUGGGUGAACAACUGCGUUGGGGAAAGCAACCAGAAAUACUUUGUACUUUUCACUAUGUACAUUGCGCUGAUAUCCCUCCACUCUCUCGUCAUGGUUGCCUUGCAUUUCAUCUUCUGCUUCGAGGAAGACUGGACGAAGUGCAGCUCCUUCUCUCCUCCGGCGACCGUAAUCCUCCUCAUCCUCCUGUGCUUUGAGGGCCUCCUCUUCCUCAUCUUCACCUCCGUCAUGUUCGGAACUCAGGUCCACUCCAUCUGCACCGACGAGACGGGCAUUGAGCAGCUGAAGAAGGAGGAGAGGAAAUGGGCUAAAAAGACCAAGUGGAUGAAUCUGAAGGUGGUGUUUGGUCAUCCCUUCUCUAUAGCGUGGCUCAGCCCCUUCGCUACCCCGGACCACGGGAAGUCGGACCCAUCGCAGUACAUCGUCUGAGGUUCGGAAGCUAAGCUCGCUGUGUGUUCUGUACAUACAGUCAGCCGCUGUUUGGGUGGCGCGGACUGAUGAUGCGUACAAGUCUUCCUGGAUUUCACCAAGCAUAAACUCUGACAACUCCAUUUUCUACUUUUUUGUGAUUUGGAUCAUUUUAAAUUUCCAGGGUGCUCUUGAUUGAACUGUCUGGUUGGCAUUUUGCUUGUUUUAAAAAAAGAAAACGUAAAAAAAAAAAAAUCUUGUCACUUUUUGUUUUGCCUUCUUCCUCUCUUUUGGCUUGAGGAUGACUCGUGAUAGCCAUGUGGAAUUAUAACUUUUUUCUGUUUACAACCAUUUUUCUCACAACGUUUCUCACGUUCAGGAGGUAUGACUGUGAAAGCACUUGCAGACAGGCCAGGAUCCUGCUCUGUGGGGACACACUAAACCUAAAGUAUUCCCUGUACAUAGUCACUUCCUGUUUCGAGGACUCUACAACACCAUCACGGGGCAGAAAUCAACGUUGUUCUCCAGUUUAAAGCAAAGCUCGGAAACAAAGUAUUUUGUCUUCCGAGGAAGCAAGCGGUACAUGAUCAGUUUUUCGUCAUGUAAAUUGUGUAACAUCUUGCUGUCAGCCUGUAGUCCGUAGUAAAUAGUAAAUGCCCAAUGUUAGAUUUGAGAAAUAGCACAGUAUUUAGCCGACACACUGCAGUUGAUUUGCUUCAGUAAAGUAGUCAGUUGGCUGUUAGUUACAGUUGGUAAAUAAAUAGUUUUGCAGCUCUGCCUUAACGCUACCAUUUGAGGUAGAAGCAUUAUCCUAUCUGAUCUGAUAGCCCGAACCCAACCAGGCCCGACCAGAACUUGUUCAGGAGUUCAGAACCCAGCCAGAAUCCAUUUAGAACCCAGCCAGAAUCCAUUUAGAACCCAGCCAGGCUUGGCCAGAACCUGUCCACAAGCCAGCUAGUCAGUAGGCCUGUCGGUUGUACCAGCCUGACAUUUGAGCUCAACAUGGUUCUAACUGUGAGCUCUGCAGCACACUGUGUGACGUGAGUCUGGCUGGUAUAUCUGUGAAUGAUCGAUAGUUGAGGCUUGCUUUUGGUUCUGUAUCAAGGGACUGGGCGGCUUGUAGAACUGACUCAGCCCAAUGAAAAAUAUGUGCAUCGAGGCCUGGAAAGGGCAAGCCAGAAGAGAAUGUCAAUGUGGGGAGCGCAACACUACAGUCGUAGGUGUCCAGGCUUCGCAGACAGGCACAGAGCUGUUAUGGCACAGAUAGGACUGAUCACGGAAGCAUUUAUGUCCGGAAGAAAACUAUUUUUUUCCGAGAGGAUGAUCCCACAGUGAACCCUGUGUGUUCACCAGCCUUACUAUGGACAGAAGGAGAGUGAUGUGUUUUUGACAAAGAAAUAGAAGGACUUCAUUCUUGUCAGCUUGAGAACAUUUAUGUUGCCAAAUUUAUGGUUUACAGAGGGAGAUCUUUUCCUAACUCAUUUCAAACCCCCCCCCCCCUCCCCGUGCAUGUCGUGAAUGGUUCGGCUCUUUUUAGGAUGGGGUGUACCAUGUUGAUUGUCAAGGGGUUCUGUGUGGCUGUCUGGAAGACUUGACUUUCUUUGAAGAAAUAACUGACUAUCAUUGCCACAGGUCUUGGAAGAAAAUGUUGAUCAUGCCGUGCUGAGCCAAGACAUGCAUGCUCCUGUGUUCUGUAUGUGUUUCGACCAAUUCUGUUGAUUUUAAAAUGAAAACAAUUGCUAUCCAUGUUCCUGAGAUGAGUGAAAGUAAAAUCAACUGUCAGGCUGCUUUUAAGAGGUAGUGUAGAUUUUUCUGUAAAACGUACUGAUCUCAAAUUGAGUUCAAGUGCCACAUAUGAAUAAAUGUCAAUUUCCAUGA